CUAGUUAAUGGCUGUAUCCAAACACAGGGCUUAGACUCGUAGGGUAAACGAAGAAGGACAAAGAAUAAAUCAACAGUCAACAUUUCGCUAAUCUCGAAGUUCAUUUUUCGUUUCCUCUGUUUUCGCUUCCAAAUAAACAAACAAAAACCUCUCUUUCUCAUAACGAAAAGAAAAGAAAAGAAAAAAAAUCUUCUUCCGCACUCUUUCCUGGGCUCGUGCAAAUGCAGUUUAGCUUGAGAAGUAAUCGGAGAUAAAAGAUAACAAUGGCCAAAUGUCACCGGAACAAUAUCGGAUCUCUCAUUCUCGACCGUGCACCUACCACUUCUUCCUCUACUUCCGGUAACCAUUUCCGUCUCUGGAGCACCUUCUCUAGAUCCGCAUUCCGCAGAAAGAUCUUCGACGCCGUUAGCUGCGGCGGUAGCUCACGUUACGGGCACGAGCUCCGUGAAGAGGAAGACGACGUGACGGUAACGGAGAAGCCAGCGGUCGCAUCGAGGGAUGCGAAAGCCAAUACUAUCGGCGCGGCGUUGAACAGCGUGGAUUUCGAGGAGAAAGUGAAGAAAUCGGAGAAGCUCUGCGAUCUGUUGAAUCUAGCGGAGGUGGAAGCUGACGUGGAGACGAAGAAGAAAGAGGAAGCGCUUGAGGUGCUUAAGCGCGUGGUUAGGGAGCUACAAGCUUCGGCGGCGGCGGCGCGUGGAUUCGAUGACGACGGCGGAGACUGUCAGAAGAAAUUAACGGCGGCGAGUGAGGUGCGGUUGCUGGCGAAGGAGGAUUCGGAGGCGAGAGUGACGCUGGCGAUGCUCGGCGCGAUUCCGCCGCUAGUUAGUAUGAUCGACGACUCGCGAAUCGCAGACGCUCAGAUCGCGUCGCUUUACGCUCUGCUCAAUCUAGGGAUCGGUAACGACGCGAACAAAGCAGCCAUUGUUAAAGCCGGGGCUGUUCACAAAAUGCUGAAGCUAAUCGAGUCUCCAAACACGCCUGAUCAAUCAAUUGCAGAAGCCGUGGUGGCCAAUUUCCUCGGAUUAAGCGCAUUAGACUCGAACAAACCGAUCAUCGGUUCAUCGGGAGCAAUCAACUUCCUAGUGAAAACUCUUCAGAAUCUGGACGAAACAAGCAGCUCACAAGCCAGAGAAGACGCUCUGAGAGCUCUUUACAACCUCUCAAUCUACCAACCAAACGUUUCAUUCAUCCUUGAAACCGAUCUAAUCACGUUUCUCUUGAACACAUUGGGAGAUAUGGAAGUGAGCGAGAGGAUUCUCGCAAUCUUGAGCAAUAUAGUGGCAGUUCCAGAAGGAAGGAAAGCCAUCAGUUCAGUGGGCGACGCAUUCCCGGUUUUAGUCGAUGUACUGAACUGGACCGACUCUCCAGGAUGCCAAGAAAAGGCGACUUACAUACUUAUGUUGAUGGCUCACAAAGGAUACGGAGAUCGACAAGUUAUGAUUGAAGCAGGAAUCGAAUCAUCGCUGCUCGAGUUGACCCUUUUGGGAAGUGCGUUGGCUCAAAAGAGAGCCUCGAGGAUAUUAGAGUGUCUUAGAGUAGACAAAGGGAAGCAAGUCUUGGACAGUACUGGAUCAUGCGGAGCCUUAUCGGCACCGAUCUAUGGGACCAGAGACAAUGGUUUGGACCACGGGGAAAGCGAUGUGUUGAUGAGCGAAGAGAGGAAAGCCGUGAAGCAGCUAGUGCAGCAGAGUUUACAGAGCAAUAUGAAGAGAAUCGUGAAGAGAGCUAAUUUGCCACAAGACUUUGUUCCUUCAGAGCAUUUUAAGUCACUCUCUAUGAGCUCCACUUCAAAGAGCCUUCCCUUUUGAUGAAAACGUGUCAUCACGAAGCAUUUCUGCAAAAAGUUGAAGGGGGAACCAAAAAAAUCUGUGAGCUGAUUUAACAAGAGGAAAUAAAAACAAAGAGGAAGAGUGUUGCUUCGACAGAUCUCAUCAACUUCUGAGGUAUGCGACAAAAGACCACAGACACAAUCUAAUAUAAUGUAUAGUGUACUCAACGUACGAUGUGUCGUUGUUAUUGUUCAUGUGGAGUUGCCUUUUUUGUUUGUUUGGGUUCUGGCUUUGUUGAAAGUGAAAAACCCACUUGGUCUACUAGGCUUAGUGUUAAAGCUGUAUGUUAUAAAGUUAUGAACUUUGUUAGCUUUUACUUUGUACCAAUUUUAUCAGUUCUUUUUACUCUAAUUAUAUGGUGUAUAUAUCCUUUUU